UCUAAUGCGGUACAAGGUUGUUUCAACGCUUAAUUCAUUUUGGAUGAGUGUGUAACACGCUGCGGAAGAAUAUGAACUUGACCAAGCCAGCUGGCUUAUAUGCCAGAACUAUUAAUGUAGUCCCUAGACCAGAUACUACCUACGUUGAGGGUGAUGGCAUUAAUGGCGGCGAAUGUGGCAAAUGGUUGAAGUUCAUUGUUAAGAAACAUGGUAGUUUGGCUCGGGGUGUAGUUCGCCUAAAUUUGGAUUAUGCCGAGGAUGCAUGCUUCAAAUCAUCGGUAUUCAUCAAUCAUAAUGCUGACGAACGUGACCUUCAGCGUGAUGCUCCAUCAUGCCAUAACAAACGUUUGGCCAACAAUUCAGUUUCUGAUGCGCUGGAGAAUAAUUUUCUAUGGGACGUUUGUGUUGUCGAUGGUCAAACAUACAAUGUAAGGUACAGGGUCACUAGACAAGGUACAUUCCUGCUUCAUGUAACUCUUGACGGCAAUCCAAUACCGGGAUCUCCAUUCAAAAUAUACAUAUCAGAUGCUCCCCCUCAUGUUCCUGCAUGUAGAGUUUAUGGUAAGAAUACGGAAUCGUGCUACGCAAUACCAUUUGUUCCUGAAAUUAUAGAAGCUAUCUUUCCUAAUGCCUAUCGAACGCCUGAUAAUGGAACUCUGGAAGUCACUGGUAAAUCUCCUAGGAGCAAUAAGGCAAUCAACUCUCCAUCGUUAAGAAAUAAGGGUCAGAAGAAUGUUUCUCCCAGAAUUUCGAGCUCUAGGAAUGGAACACCACGGGAAGUGAAUACGUAUCCUAAUAUCAACAAUGCCGAAGAACAACGUGUGAAGGAUUUAAUAUCUAUCGCAUAUAAUGAUCAGCAGCAGGAUCCCAUGAACUGGGAUUACGACCCUGAAUUGGGUUUGGGUGCUGCUGUGUCAGACGAAAAUCCGAUAUCACCAAAGAAUCGCAGCGCACGACGAAAUAUCAGUCCGAGGUCAUCUAGAAAGGCUGAUGACAAUAAACCGACGAAGACCCGCCUUCUCAAUAUAGUGGACAGGCAUAGUAAGGACUACCUCCGAAAUCGUAAAAAACAUACCAUGACCCAUUUGGAACGCAAUAUGCUACUCAAUGAGAUUGAGGUCCACCUGGCUGACGAGCAUGGUAAUACAGUAACUCACGCCCUCCCAUACGUACGUGCUUGGGGUGAGAACUACGCUCGGGUUGUUAGUGUUGAUCACCGUAAAAACGGUGUAAUCAAGAUCAAGUAUAUAGUAAUUGUAACUAGGGAAGGUUUGCCCCUUCUAAAGGAUGUUCAGGCCAGGGGUAUCGGCUCUGUAUUACCCAGUUCAUUACAGGUAGGACAGGUACCAUGUAAGAUAUACGUUGAAAUAAACGGUAAACCGUUAUUCGGGUCACCUUUUAAACCCCAAGUGGUCAACGUAGAGGAUCUAGAGCGGUAUUACAAGCUGAAACUGGGUACUGUCGAAUCAAUCGUACAUAAAUUCACUGUUCUUGUGAACAACCAUGAUUUUGAUGGUUGCGCUGAAUUAUACAACAGCAUUGAAUCGUCAGAGGCUAAAGCGAAGCUGGGGGGCAUACUAGUCAAUAAGCUAACUGAGCUCGAGAAGGAUAAUAUAUAUGCCACUAGUGAAAUACGUUUGGUUGAAUCACUUAAAUUGCAGAGUCUGGGCCGCCUCUUGGGGUUGGUGCAUAACCAAUACAAGAAGAUGUUAACAUACAAGACUAGCAGUAUAUUGCACUGCAUUCGCGAGUUGAACGACUACGAAAAGGUAGAUCCCACUGGUGACCAGUCGAACGAGGGUUCAAAGAGCUUCAACAACCUUGGUGACGUCAUACUGAACUACAGGCUCAUCGGUGAUGAAUUGCGCAAACUACACCGUUAUGAAUUGGCGGACCGAUUUGACCAGAUAAACGACCAAAUUUGUGAUGAGAUUGAUUUACAGAUGUGGUCGUCCAUAAUAGGCCAAAAGGAAAAGCGUGUACAGAAGUUGCGGUCUGAAGUUGAAACUACUGUAGAGCGUCUAUCUAGCUUCAAGGACACUAUAGAAUCGCGUUACAGCAGCUACACUCGCAAGGAUCUGAAUGAUUUGAAGCAUAUCCCCGGUUUCGCUAAAGAACGGUCUAUCCAGACUGAACCCGUUGAUAUGAUUACUUCUAGACUAUCUCACUUGAUUAAGGGUCGUUGCGUCCCAUCACAAGGCAACACCAAUAUUGACUCCAUUGUUGAGUCUACGUGGCGAAAGUGUAAUAAUUACGACAUACAGGCUACUGUCUCGAAGGUACUUAAAUCCAGUAUCCGCUUGAAGAAUUGCAUAAGCGAGCUGUUUAUGUACUACAGUACUCCACAUGACCUGGGUGAACGUACAGUUCUAGGUGUCAGACGUGCAUCUAUGGAGCUCUUUGUAUUGGAAUCUACGUUGAACAACUACCUUUGUGCGAAUGUAAAGAAGUUGGAAUGGUUGUUUGAACGAUUUUCAAUAGAGCUCCGUGAUAAAGAUGGUAAAAUUAUGCCUAGGAUAAUUCCAGAGCACAUGUGGUGUGCUUACUUGCGUGAAAUUGGUUACCUUAACCUGUUGUACACCAUCGCAGAAUCCGGUGAUCGUGAGUUACUAAGGGAUUCACAACAUCCAUCACGUCUGGUUGCAUUCCAUCAUCUGUGCAAAGAGCAUUUGAUACCGCUAUACGAGACACUCUUCACCACGAAGCCUGAUUUUCAGAAAUGCCUUAAAUUCCCUUCAAAUCAUGAAAUUGGAACUGGCAAGAAGACUAAAGUGUUAAAGAAGACUGUUGGGGGUCCAAGCGAACAGUACUUCAACUCUAGGCAGGACAUAUUGAAUUACUUCAAUGUACGUGCUUUAGAGCAUGUACUUGACGUAUUCGAUAUUGAUGUGCUCCAUCGUAUAUUCAAGCACUACAGCCGCUUGUCUAUGUUUGGUAGGAAGCAAUUGACUAAAAAUUGGUUCAGUGAAAAUGCUACUAUAUCAACGGCUACUUUCGUAAUCUUCGCACGUGACUUCCAGAUAAUUCCGGGUCACAUGGAUGGCGAGCGCGUUCACUCAAUAGCUCGUAAUGUUGCAUCUCGGGGUCAGGCUGGUGCUAACAAGUUAGGGUUCCGUGACUUCUUAAACGCUAUAUCCCGCACCAUUGCACGGGCAGUACUUGCAUCAACACUGGCUAAACAUGACGACUACGAGGUAGCACGUGAAAAAAUCUCCGAUACUGUGGAUAUUGUACCCCGUUGUGUCCAGUCGAGGCAGUCGGUUAAGAGUGAUAUUGAAAUGAUGGUCAAGACCUUAGGAUUAUGUGACGACCAAUUCGUUCGGUAUACUAUCGAUGCAUUAUACGGUGCGGAGGCAGUUGAAUACAUAGACGGGGUGUUGGACUAAGAUACUAGCUACCAUUUCUGGACACUUCGUGUCCAUAUGAUAACUGAGUCAUUAUGAAGUAAUAAUUCAUG